CUGAUUUUUGUCAUUUCUUUCAGUGAAUGGUAGUGUCUAGAAAGGGUAUGUCCCUUCAAGAGAGAGGUGCCAAUGUCCAACCGGCCUAAUAACAAUCCAGGGGGGUCACUGCGACGUUCACAGAGGAACACUGCCGGGGCCCAACCGCAAGACGACGCAAUAGGAGGAAGGUCACAUUUAGGGCAGGCAAAACAUAAGGGAUAUAGCCCUCCUGAGAAUAGAAAAUCUAAUUCUAAGGCACCCAAAUUGCAGUCUAAUACUACUUCUGAACUGACAAGGGGACACCUUUCUAAAAGAAGCUGCAGUUCGUCAUCUGCUGUCACAGUUCCACAAUCAGAGGAUCCAGACAGAGCCAAUACUUCAGGAAGGCAAAAAACGGGGCAGGUGCCUAAGAAAGACAAUUCUCGAGGAGUGAAACGCAGUGCUAGUCCAGACUAUAACAGGACCAGUUCUCCUAGCUCUGCAAAAAAACCCAAAGCACUUCAGCAUAUUGAGUCUCCCUCAGAAACAAAUAAGCCACAUAGUAAGUCAAAGAAGAGACACUUAGACCAGGAGCAACAACUGAAAUCUGCACAAUCACCAUCAACAAGCAAGGUUUAUACCAGAAAGAGUGGGGCCACUGGUAGUUCACGGAGUCAGAAAAGAAAGAGGACAGAGAGUUCUUGUGUAAAGAGUGGUUCUGGGUCCGAAUCAACUGGUGCUGAAGAGAGAUCUGCAAAACCUACCAAGCUGGCUUCAAAAUCUGCCACCUCAGCCAAAGCUGGGUGUAGCACCAUCACUGAUUCUUCCUCUGCUGCCUCAACUUCUUCCUCAUCUUCUGCUGUUGCCUCGGCCUCUUCCACUGUACCACCAGGUGCCAGGGUGAAACAAGGAAAAGACCAGAACAAGGCCAGGCGUUCCCGUUCGGCAUCCAGUCCCAGUCCCAGAAGAAGUAGCAGGGAAAAGGAACAGAGUAAAACUGGUGGCUCUUCAAAAUUUGAUUGGGCUGCUCGUUUCAGCCCUAAAGUUAGCCUUCCUAAAACAAAACUGUCUCUUCCAGGGUCUUCUAAGUCAGAGACAUCAAAACCUGGACCUUCUGGAUUACAGGCCAAAUUAGCAAGUUUAAGAAAAUCUACCAAGAAGCGCAGUGAGUCCCCACCUGCUGAGCUCCCCAGUUUGAGGAGGAGCACACGCCAAAAGACCACGGGCUCCUGUGCUAGUACCAGUCGGCGAGGCUCUGGCCUGGGCAAGAGAGGAGCAGCUGAGGCUCGUCGGCAGGAGAAGAUGGCAGACCCCGAGAGCAACCAGGAGACACUAAAUUCUUCAGCUGCCCGGACAGAUGAAGCUCCCCAAGGAGCUGCAGCCUCUAGUUCUGUUGCAGGGGCUGUUGGCAUGACCACUUCUGGGGAGAGUGAAUCUGAUGAUUCUGAGAUGGGACGAUUACAAGCUCUGUUAGAGGCCAGGGGUCUUCCUCCUCACCUGUUUGGUCCUCUUGGUCCUCGGAUGUCACAACUUUUCCAUAGAACAAUUGGAAGUGGAGCUAGUAAGUGAAGACUUAAAUUUUUCUCUCUUGAAAACCCCAUAAUAAUUCAUAUUGCAUACUUAUUAAUAAUAAGUAUUUGGAAAUUUUGUGAAGUUUUAAUCAUUUUUUAAAAACAGAAAUUAUGUACAUUCUUGCCUUAAAUUCAGCAUCUAUUUGAUUUUC